CCGCCCCUGCCCGCCCCUGCCCGCCGCGGCCGCCGAUGGAGGCCGAGGCCGAGGCGCGGCUCCUCUUGCAGGAGGCUCGGGAGAGCAUCGAGGCGGCGCGGAGCUACCGCCGGGAGCUGUGGCACCGCCUGGGGGGGCUGCAGCAGGCGCGGCAGCAGAUCAGAGAAAGUGCAACGCUGACCAGAGAUGUACUCGAGCAACACUUUAACGAUUUAAAAGGGACCCUAAAGAAGCUGUUGGAUGAGCGACUGAUGUCACUGCUGCAGGAAGUGGAUGCUAUAGAACAAGAGAGCAUCAAACCGCUGGACGAAUGCCAGAAGCUAAUAGAGCACGGAGUCAGCACUGCUGACGAUCUGCUCCAAGAAGGAGAGAGUGCAGUCCAUGGAGAUGUGGGACAACAGAAUGAAAAACUUUGCAACUUUACAAAAAAAGCUUUACAUAUUCAGCUAGAUAGCUUACCAGAAGUGCCCUCCUUGGUUGAUGUGCCUUGUUUAUCUGCCCAGCUGGACGAUUGCCUUCUUACCAUACUGAAAAAUGAAAUAUUCAGACAUGGAACUGUAGCAUCUCGCCCUCCUGUACAGUUAGAGGAAUUUGUUGAGAAGCCUGGAGGUAUUUUAGUCCGAUGGUGUAAGGUGGAUGAUGACUUCGUACCACAGGAUUACAGACUGCAAUAUCGUAAGAGCACUGCCAGUCACUUUGAAGAUGUGUAUGUCGGCUCAGAGACAGAGUUCAUAGUACUGCAUAUUGAUCCUAAUGUCGAUUACCAGUUCAGAGUCUGUGCCCGAGGAGAUGGACGGCAAGAGUGGAGCCCGUGGAGCGUUCCUCAGAUCAGCCGCACCACGCUAGUGCCCCAUGAGUGGACAACUGGUUUGGAAGGUUACAGCUUGAGCAGUCGAAGAAACAUAGCACUUCGAAAUGAUUCUCAGUCAUGCGGUGUGCUCUACUCCAAAGCUCCUACUUAUUUCUGUGGGCAAACGUUAACAUUCAGAAUUGAAACUGUGGGACAGCCAGACAGACGAGACAGCCUAGGAGUGUGUGUGGAGCAGCAGAAUGGCUACGAUUCUUUGCAGCGGGACAAGGCUGUGUGUAUUAGCACAAAUGGGGCAGUAUUUGUAAAUGGGAAAGAGAUGACAAACCAACUGCCUGCUGUUACUUCUGGAUCAACUGUGACAUUUGACAUGGAAGUUGUGCAGUUAGGACCUUCCAGCAAUGAGGGAGGAAACUUCAAGCUUAGAGUAACCAUUAGCUCUAACAACAGGGAAGUGGUCUUUGACUGGGUACUGGAUCAAUGCUGUGUCUCUUUGUAUUUUGGAUGUUCGUUUUCAUACCCAGGCUGGAAAGUUCUGGUGUUUUAGCAGCUCAUGUGAGUGAAGGGAUUCUUGUUCUUGCUAUACUGUGUAAUGUUAAAACCUGGAUUUCCAGCUGUUUGAUAUCAACAAUCUCUAUACUACUUGAACUCUGCUAUAUUGUACUUUCUACUGGAUUCAUUUCUAAAAAAGGAGUUGUGAAAUGGUGUAGACAUUAAUUUAAGCAAGUCCAUAAGCCUUUACCCUUUUUUUCCUCCAGACUUGAGUUUUGUCAGUAUUUUGUUGUACUCUAGUCUCAGGGUACGCUUAGUGUAUGAAAUUAACUUUGCUUAAUGCUGCUGUUCUGUGAAAUAAGCCUAUAAACUUUAGGGGGUUGGAGGUAAUGGACCAAAGCUUUAUUUAUACCACUCAUAAAAAGAGUGGAGUAUUUAGAGCAGCGAUGCCUUGCUAUGCUUCCUUGUACACAAUGUUGCCUUAAUAAGAUGAACGGAUAGUGGGUUCUGCAUGCAACCACCCUUUCUUCCAUGCACGGUACUGUUCAUUUCCCCCAAAACAAGGAUGUCUGAGCCAUGGUGUUUGUUCAGAUGUGUACCUAGUCUGUUAAAUGACUCGCUUUUAUUUAAGUGCCUUACUUCCAUGUGUUUCUUGAACUGUUUUCUGUGAUGUUACUUGGAAUGCAUUUUCUAGAGUAGUUGCAGGGCGGUGCUUACAUCCUCAACUUAAUGCUGACACUUGUCUCAUGCUAGACCAUUGCCUACAGUUGGACAAUUAUCCUUCUGUGCUCUGAAUGUCUUUCCUAGUUAUAUUUUAUUUGGUAGCUGAUGUCAGAGCAAGUCUGGGUUGGUGCAGUGCUUGAGUAUGACAUCCAGAUGGCAGCCAUGCUUCCUCACAGAGCCCCCUUAAGAUGCAGAGGCAACUUUCUGCUGUCUCAGCAACAGUGAUAGCGAGGUGCUGUUCUGCUGCACCAGACUCCUAGAAAUCCCAGCUGUCCACUUGCACUAUUGCACGGGAAUGCAAGGCCUCCCCCCCGGUGCUGCUGCAGGCACUGGCGCCAGCUGAGGCCACAUGUGGUGGGAUGCUGGCUGAGCAAGCUGGGACUGCAGCUGGAGGUGAAGGUUAGGAGGUAAUGGAGAAGGGCUUAAGGCAGACACUGCUGGCACAGUCAAAGUGGAGCAGAGGGUGGUGCUAGUUUAGCUCUCUCCUCACUGUAGUAGUUUUUUAAUCCCAUCUUACUAUGCGUUAAUUUAAAAUUUACAUAAAGUUACCAGUAUUCCCCUUAAGAGGCAAAUAAGAUUUAUAACAAGCUUGUCACAUAGAGACUAUUUCAGGUCAAAAGCUGAAACUGCAAUACUACUGCAUUUUAAGAGUACUUUAAAGUAAUGCUCAUUGAGGACCUUAAAAAAGGCUUUCCUUACAUCAAGUUCAAUUUUAAAAAAAUGUACAUUUUAAUAUGUUAGAGGGGAAAGUUUUUUUUUUUUUUAUAAAACAUAGACAAUCAUCCUGCCCUUUUUCAGUUUCAACAUACCAUAUUAUCCCUUUAUGCUAGCAUAAGUUUAGUUACACUGUAUUAGUACCCCCCAUUCAAAUUGUCAGUACCAAAAUAUUAAUUGUCCUGCCUGCAUUUUGCCCCAAGCAUGGGUACUAGGGGUACAUGAAUUUCAGAAGCAAGUGACAGCUGGUAUUGUUACCACUUACAAGAAAAAAUUAAGAAGUUUCAGAGGGCUUGGAAGAACAUAUAGAAUUAAUUACAAUUUACUAUAAAACAUGAAGUAAGGAAGACUGGGCACCCGCAGGUUUACUAGUCUUCUGUACUAGCAAGGAAAUGGCUGCAGCAUUCUCAGUUAAUCAAGUAUAACUAUUUCCCUUUUAGCAUAUCCUAUACUUCCAGCGUUCCUUUGAAUUAUUGUGACGAGUAUUGUCAAAAUUGUGCUGUAUCCCAGCUGCCACAUCUUAAAUGUGGUUCUUUUGCUAUAGCUGUGAAAGUCGAGUAGAUGAUCAAACUGUAUCAGUCGUGUCUAGGGGAUCAGGCUGGCACUCCAGCUAGCAGCCAACUUGAAUCUUGCUCCAAUUAGUAGUGCUGGUAAUUUUACUAGUAAGACUUUGGGUGUCAGGUACUAGUUGUAGCUCAGUACUUGUACUGUAUGGAAGUUAAAAUAGUGAAUAUCUACAUUUCUGAGGAAUAAGCAGCUCAGGUACCUUUUCACCUGCUUUUGGAGGGUCUAGUCAGACUUGAUUCUGCAGGAUAUUUACCAGCAUAAUAGAUCAUGAAACUUAAAGUCUUGAAUUCAGGUACUUCCAGAGAUGGCAAUGCCUUGUCAGUUUGUUCGGAAUAUACACAGAAAGCAGCUUAAGAUGACUGUGAAAGGCUCCCCAGGAGGCCCCUACUGUUCCCCUUAGGAGCUGAGGAUGGCAAUAGACUAAAUGGUUCUUCUGACUUCUUUUUAAGCUGCAUCUUGAACAGGGCCAGCUUGCCAAUUUUGUAUUUUUAACUGAACAUAAGACUAGCUGCCCGGAUCACAAAUUAGGUACUGUACAACCACCUCUUAAGAGCAGCACAUCUCAAGCCUGGGAGGGGUGAAGAAUCUCAGGGCAAGACCUGAGUAAGAAAAUAACAAGGUAUCUAAAGAACCAAUAUAGGCUUGGAUUAAAAAAAAAGGGUUAAGUUCUGUUCUUUCACAGCAGAGUUCAGCUAGAUAGAAGACUUGGCACAUCCUUUACAGUUUUUCACCUCUAGCUAUUGGAGCCUUGCAAGGCUCUAAGUGUUAACUGCCUAUGAAAGUUGUUUUCUGAAGUUAGUACAUUCUCUUACCUCAAAACUAAGACAUUUGUGUCAAGUGAAAUUUGAUUUUUUUAAAUAAAGUUUUAUCCCACAA